ACAGUGCUCUACUGGUCACAUGGUAAGACUCAUUAUUCAGAGUCCGGGUCCUCUUAUCCUCUAGCCAAGAUGGCGGAAGAAAAUCCUGUGGCAGACACCCGACGUUUGGCGGCGAAAAAACAGACCCUGGACGACGCUUACGCGGCUCCAGCCAACUUUUUGGAGAUUGAUGUACUCAACCCAGAGACGCAUUUGAUGGGGAAGAAGCGUUACACCGACUACGAAGUCAGAAUGAGGACAAAUUUACCAGUCUUCAAGAUGAAAGAAUCGUCGGUGCGCAGAAGAUACAGUGAUUUUGAGUGGCUCCGGGAUGAACUAGAGAGGAAUUCGAAGGUGGUUGUUCCUCCCCUCCCAGGCAAGGCCUGGAAGCGUCAGCUACCAUUCCGCGGAGACGAUGGAAUCUUUGAAGAUGAAUUUAUUGAAGAACGUCGCCAGGGCCUGGAGGCAUUUAUCAAUAAGAUUGCUGGUCACCCCCUGGCCCAGAAUGAGCGCUGCCUGCACAUGUUCCUGCAGGAGCCCACGUUGGAUAAGAGUUACGUUCCUGGACAGAUCCGCAACACAUGAUUCACCUGCCAACAACUCACACCACCAGUACACAUCCUCACAUCCUCACACACUCAGUAUCUUUUCUCUCAGAUCCUUAAUUAGAAACUGUCAGAUGCUGAGAUUCUUCUUGCCAGCAAUCAGCACUCCAUGUUCCAGCUUAAAAAUAAAAGACUUCUACUUUAAUCAGGGCUUAGCUGAUACAUGUAUGUACUUCUUUUCUAAGUUGAAAAGCCCACUAGUUUUAGUACCAAACUAAUAGCCAUUAAUGUAUGUUUAGUUAAUGUAGUACCAGCAUGAGAAGAUCCCAAUGUGUAUAAACCAGCUUCUAGAAUGUCUGUCAUCAGCCAACACACACGUGAUUCUGUGUAAGAGUAUUGGUGAAGCACUCAUUAGGACAGACAUCAAAGUAGCACUCAUAGAUAAUCUGCUAGAAGCUAUUUUGUGAAUGCUGAAUUGUUUAAUGUCUGUACAUCAGCAGGAGAUUUGGCAAACACUGUAUCCUGUUUUCUCACUCACACUAGUUUCCAGGUAACAAAAAGAAUGGUGAGUGUGUGAAGCUGAGCGUCAGAUUUACUUGUACAACUGUCAUAUUCAAGGCAAUACUCAUGUUGAAAAUGUAGUAUGGGAGGUGGGAACUCCUGUGAUGUUGAAAUAGAAUGGUAGAAAGCCACUGCGACUUUUGGAGUAGUAAAUAAAAUGAUUGAUUUAAAGAUUUCCUAGUGCCACUGUGCCAGUAUGACGUACAUGUAGAGACAAUGAGGUGUGUGGACUUCAGGCACAGUCUGGGAACAGAUUACUUUUCUCCCCAUUUUAAAUCAUUUCUAUUCAGUAAAACCAAUGCUCUUAUACAUGUAGAAAGUGACAAAUUUUGAGCUUUGACCCAAGAGAAAAUUAGUAAAUGUAGAUGUUCAAUGAUUAGAAUGAACUGUUGGGAGUCAUAUUCAGAAAUUUAAAUGCGGAUUUUUUUUUAAUAACUCAAAUUUAGGCUGAAAUUAUCCUUAGCAAAGUCAUACACAGUAGAAGAUUGUAUCCCUGUAUACCUAAGGCAAAAAGUUUGGAAGCUUGAUUUCAGUGGACCAUAUCCCCAUUGUUUCUUUAUUAAAGGUUUUGUAUUAUUAUAUCAUUAAUAAUCGUGGCUUGUUACCUUUUAAGAUGGUGAAGUUUAUUUGUGAAACAACAACUGAUUAUGUGAGUGGGUCACAAAUAAACAGUGCUGAAAAUUGGUUGUGGGACGCCCUCUUGUUGUGGGAUGGGGUAUUGCAGGAGGUGUUGGGGUGUUGGAGCUGUACAUGUGUAUGCUUCUCUCAUCUGCUGCUGAUUCUCUCAUGUUUUGUAAGCCCAGGAGAAAUGGACAGAGUAAUAGCAGAGAUAUAAUUGACAGAAAUCAAGUUUCCAAAUUCUCUGUGUUAAGUGUAUAUCAUACGGGGUUCACUAUGCAGCUCCUUGUACCAUUUGCCUUCUCAGUUCCUUGCAGCCCUAAGUACAUAUAUACAGUAUAAAUGUUUGUGUUCUUUGUUUAGUGCAGAAUAUAACUACAUGCUGUAGCUUGUAAUUAAAAUCCUGCAGAGGCCCUUUUAGCUAAAUUUAAUUCUCCCGGUUACAUACGAGUCACCCUUGAUAAGUGAAAUCAUUAGGCCAACCUGUAUUGUUUCAUAUAAACUGUAGAACUGGUAUCAUGUGUUUUCUGUAUGUUCUAUACAGUACCUGACAUGUUUUAGCAAAAUUAAUGUACACUACGAUAAGUACUGAUAUUAAAAAAAUGAAGCCA